ACGUACUAACCACUGAAACUAAGGCUAUCUGGCGCUUCUUCGUCCUGCCUUCCUAUGGUGUGCCUGCCUGCCUUGCCCGCCUGUAACAUCUCCGGUGACGGCCCCAGGCUCCCAGCCCAGCCCAGCCCAGCCCGCGCGUCCCAGACAACUACAGGACCCUCUUCACCCACAUGCUCCAUCCCAGGCACGGCCCUGCGUGUUUCGACUUACUUUCCCCCAUCCAUUUCCAUUCUUUGCGAUUCAAUUGCAAGGGACUUCCCCCCUGCCAUCGAUAUCGGUUCCAAUGCAACGGCAGACCAGGAUCUCCUGCCUCCCCUCCCGCCCGAAUCGGCGGCCUCCACGUCAUCCACGGCAGCGCAUAUCAGAUUCAUCCCGACAGGAACACCGCAUGCGAUUCCAGGCCUGGCUGGCGACCAUCGGAGCUACCACGGUGGCGGGCAUGCCCAGCGCGACAACCCCAGCCUCUAUCUUGACGUCUGCUCCCCCUCUAUCGGACACAGACACAGAGUGCCGCAGGUGACGCAGGUUACGCAACAACAGUCGGCCAAAAUCAGUCAAAUCUGCAUUCAAGAUGAUAUACACGAUAUAAUAGAAUGAAAGAGCAGAGGCAUGUAUCAGCAAACAGAGUAGCGUCACCGACGCCCGGUUCCUCCGCCGUGGCGAGCCCCGUGUAGUUGCACGCCAGCAUUCCCUUUCCGUUCUAUUCUAAGCCUCCAUCCGACCCCGCAUCCUCGCAUUACGUCCAUAAUUUAGUGAGCUGGGUGGGAGUCA